AUGGGUGACGAAACUCCAUUGCCCCAAUCCGCAAUCCAACGAAUACAGUCUCUUUUAACCCGAAAAGAGGCUGGUCGGACGGCCACUCUCUCAACAUCCUGGCACAUCGCCUGGCUGACUCGCCUACACGUCGACCUCGAUGAGAGCGAUUUUGGGUAUCGUCCCGCGAUUGAUAAGUUCUCUGUCUUCGCAAAGAAAACCGUGCAAAGGUACGAGGAUUCGAACCUAAAGAUUGAGAGUUUCAGGUUAAGAAUGGACUAUUCUGAGCGGUAUAAAUGGGACGAUAAUUUUAUCGGCCUUGCUUACGAGUUGAUCGUAAAAGCGUUGAGAUUGGGCGCGACCCGUCUCGAUCUACAGCUCACGGGCUAUUUCAUUCAUGAUCUCGUACUGGAUCAAAGGGUAAGAUGUUCGAAGCUUGAAUCCCUUACUUUAAAUGACGUGAUGAUUAAACGCCAUAUGUUCUCCUGCAUCGUUUCAGCCUGCCCCUUGAUUAAAAAAUUAUCACUCUGCAAUAUUAAGUGCCUUGGUCAGGUUUGUGAUUAUUUGAUCGAUUUUCACAAGCUGACGUCCCUCAAGCUUCAAAAUGUGCCUUUGGAUCUCGCGUUUCUGGAUGAUUUAUCCUUUAUAUUUCCUGAUUUGAAGGAUUUAUCCUUGGAGUUGUGCAAAUUUGGUGAUAAAAUACAAAUCUGCAGCCACUCUCUCGAGCGUCUGGAAUUACUCACCGAAGAUAGAGAGAAGCCGACCAUCGUACUUGAUGCCCCACGCAUUCGUAAAUUUACAUUCAAAUGUUUAGAUAUUCCUUCUGUCGUUUUCAAAUCAGAUUCAAAGGAAUUGGACAAAACGCGUGUAUCCAUUGCGUGUUAUUGUUUUACACAUUGGUGGUUUCUUGAUGUGAGCAAGCUGUUGACCGAGUGA